GCCAAGAUGGCGGACGACAGUGAGACAGCAGUGAAGCGGCCGCCCGGGGAGGAGAGCGUUCACGAACACUGCAGCGACUGUGAGAACGAGGAUGAGCACAGCCACAACCGGGGAGGCUUAAGCCCUACUGAUGACAGUGGGGGGAAGAAGAAGAAGAAACAGAAACGGAAGAAGGACAAGGGGGACCAGAUUGAUUUGGCCCAAGAUCAGUCCGCAAAGGUCAAUUCGUUGCCCUUGCAGGUCAAUUCAUUGCCUGCAGAAAGGAUCCAAGAGAUUCAAAAGGCCAUAGAACUUUUCUCAGUAACGCAUGGACCUGCCAAGACCAUGGAGGAAGCCACCAAACGCAGCUACCAGUUCUGGGACACACAGCCAGUCCCCAAAUUAGGAGAAGUAGUGAAUACUCACGGGCCCGUCGAACCAGACAAGGACCAUAUCCGCCAGGAGCCCUACACCUUGCCUCAGGGCUUUAUGUGGGAUGCCCUGGACUUGGGGGAUCGAGGUGUGCUCAAAGAGCUGUACACCCUACUGAACGAGAAUUAUGUGGAAGAUGAUGACAAUAUGUUCCGGUUUGAUUAUUCACCAGAGUUCCUCUUGUGGGCUUUGCGUCCCCCAGGCUGGCUGCCCCAAUGGCACUGUGGUGUGAGAGUCAUCUCGAGCAAGAAGUUGGUUGGCUUCAUCAGUGCUAUUCCAGCUACUGUUCACAUAUACGAAGCGGAAAAGAAAAUGGUGGAGAUAAACUUCCUCUGCGUGCACAAGAAGCUGCGUUCCAAGCGGGUGGCACCAGUUUUGAUCCGAGAAAUCACCCGACGGGUACACUUGGAGGGGAUUUUCCAGGCUGUGUACACUGCUGGCGUGGUGCUUCCGAAACCUGUUGGGACAUGUCGGUACUGGCAUCGGUCUCUGAAUCCGCGCAAGCUGAUCGAAGUGAAGUUUUCCCACCUAAGCAGGAACAUGACAAUGCAGCGUACCAUGAAGCUUUAUCGGCUGCCGGAGACUCCGAAGACACCAGGGCUGCGGCCGAUGGAGCACAAAGACAUCCCUGCGGUACACAAACUCCUGGCAGAGUACCUGAAGCAGUUCCACUUGACCCCUGUCAUGAAUCAGGAAGAGGUGGAGCACUGGUUUCUGCCCCAGCCCAACAUCAUUGACACGUUUGUGGUUGAGAAUGCCAGUGGAGAGGUGACUGACUUCCUGAGUUUUUACACCCUGCCCUCCACAAUCAUGAACCAUCCUACUCACAAGAGCUUAAAGGCAGCCUACUCUUUUUACAAUGUCCACACCAAGACACCACUCUUAGACCUCAUGAACGAUGCCCUCAUACUGGCCAAGCUGAAGGGCUUUGAUGUUUUCAAUGCACUGGAUCUCAUGGAGAACAAGACUUUCUUGGAGAAGCUGAAAUUUGGGAUUGGAGAUGGAAAUUUACAGUAUUAUCUUUACAAUUGGAAAUGCCCCAGCAUGGGGCCAGAGAAGGUAGGCCUGGUGCUGCAGUAAUCCGUAGUCUUUGGAGAAG